UGGGAGCAUUUGACGCAUGCGAUCGUAAACAUGUACGAUGCUUUAAAAGACAAGGAUAAACUUAGCAAUCCUAUCAGAUUAUCGAGUCUUCUCUCAGAACCUCAUUUACUUGAUGAUCCUUUGCCUCGUGACAACCAUGUUCAUUCAGAAUCUACUCGAUUAUCACCUCGAGCCGAAAAUGCCCCGUCCUUGAGUGUUCACAAGGCCAAUAGCUGCAAUAGCGAUACUGUUAUCUACUCUUCCACUACAAGUAACAUCGAUUCUUUUGAUAAAUUUGGCAAAGCCAUCUCAUCCUCAACUUCACGCUUAUUGCAAUCGAAUGAUCACAAGCACAAUUCGUCCAUGUUACAUUCAGCCUCCGAUAUAUUCUGCAAGAAUACACAUGAAUCCGAAGGUCAGCCUCCGAGUGGGGAUCAUACACUGCUGACUAAUAUAAAAACCGAUUCUAUAUUGGUUUCUACGGAUAGCACUGUCAAUUUAACUAAUGCUGCACCCGAUCCUGGAUGUGACUCUGCCCUGACCACUUGCGAUGUUCACCUAGCUGAGAUUCCCGAAACAAUUAGCAGUAGUGUAACUUCAUCCGGUCUUGAUUCUGUCUUAAUCGAUACUCAGGCACUUCUGGCUUCUCCGACUUUAGACAAUCAGGAAAAGCGCCGCUCCAGCAGAGUAAGUGCCGCGAAAUUUUUAAAGACUAAUGAGAUGAGUAAUUCCAUAACUACCAGUAAAUCCAGCUCCAAGUAA